AUGUCAUACGAACAAACCAGCAAUAGAAGAUCCAAAUUACUCAACCUAGCAUCUAAAUUACCUAUCCCUCUUUCUCACGGGCAUAACGAACGGAUCAGAAGAUCAUCCAAUUCUACUACUUUGCUUAAUCCCAAUUCACCCACUCAUACUCAUAAUUCGCAAUACGGAUACAACUAUCGAGCCAGUUCACCUACCAACUCUGAAGGGAUGUCUUCAUUCGCUCAUCAUGGUAACGAACAAACUGUAAAUUACAGAAACGAUGAUGAUCUGAUCCCUCCCGUGGCUCCUUUCGUCCCUCACGAAGGAUCUCUCUCAUCACGUCGAUCGUCUUCUUCUUUACUUACUGCCGGAGGAGCAGAAAAGGAUAAAGAUAUGAAGAAUAGACAAUCUAGUUUAUCAUUGAAUUAUGUACCUGCAAAAUUCACCAAACUUCAUUCACCAGGUGAUCGAACUCGAUAUCGUAAAGCCAAACAGGGUGGAGGAAGAGAUGCGUUUGCAUUAAAUGCUCAAAGAAUGGGUAUGCCAGGAACAGUAGAUGAUGAUGAGGGAGUAGUUUUCCAGAUCGGUAAAGGUGGAUUGAAAAAGAAGAAACCGAAAUUAAGAUGGAAUAGAUUUAAAUGGUGCUUGUUUGUCGCUAACACUGUUCUCAUCGCAUAUGGUAUCACCGCACUCGUCUCUGCUAUCUUGGUCUGGCUCAACGUUUUUUACCAAUCAGAUGUUAUUAGAGUAGGAAACAGGACUGAACUUAUUAUCUCGACAAUAGCUGCCGCCGUGAUUGUUCUUACCUCUCUAAUUGGCUACGCCGGUAUCUUACUGAACAAUCGAGCUUUCCUGGCUGUUUAUACCCUAUUGCUAUGGAUCUGUCUGGCUCUGAUGGUCACGCCCGGGUAUAUGACGUACAAGCAGAAGACGUUCAACCUAGAAGGCAAGAUUAAUAGUCAGUGGAGUAGAGCUUUGGGAUCGGAAGGUAGAUUGAGGAUUCAAGAUGCUCUCCGAUGCUGUGGUUACUUCUCUCCUUUCGUCGAAGCGACAGUCUCCCCCUUAUGUUAUGCUCGAUCCAACUUACCAGGCUGUAAAGCCAAAUAUCUUCACCUCGAAAGACACGUCUUGAGUAUAUGGGUAGCAUGUUCCUUCGGUCUCGUUCCUGCCCAUAUACUUAUCAUCGUCACGAGUCUGCUGUGCUCCAAUCAUAUCACGUAUAGGUUCGGUAAAGGGUUGACCCCCAAGAGAUAUAGGUUGGAUCUGGGCUCGAUGGCUGUCAUCAUGGAUGAAUAUGCAGGUCAAAUCGCAGCUCAAUACGGACCAAACGUAGCAGCAGCAGCUCUCAACCGAUCUUCCGUCUAUCUUCCAAACGAGUACGAUUCCGGCUCCGCUGACGGAUCACGCCGAGGAUCAUCUGUCAACCUUCAUGGCUCAGCAUCAGGAACAUCAACGGGAUUGGCACCACCUCUAACGACGGCUACGACCCGUACGACAGGGUACAACUCCGCUGCGACCGCUUCUACUCGUGGAAUAUCGCUUUACGAUCCUACGAAUCCCAGAUCGAGUUUCGAUCAUGUCCGAUCUGGCUCGGAUGCCUCUCUGGCCAAUACGGAUAGAAAUGUUAAUACCAACAGUAGAUACUACGAUAGUGAGGUUGCUACUAGAGGAAGUUCAACGCCUUUGGGUAAUAACGCGAAUAAUGAGAGUGUAUUGAGUUUCUCAAGUGAUGAUCAUAAUAAUAGAUCGAGAAGGUAG